ACCUUCAAUUAUUCAGCAUUGAUUCUUAUUUAUUAUUGUAAUUUUCAAUUAAUAAAUAAAUAAACAAUGAAAAUCUUAAUUAAUUAAUUUUAUUUUUUUAAAAACAAAACAAACAAAAGCAAAAUGUAUCAAUAAAUGUAUAUGGAUAUAAUAGUGAACAUUUUUAAAUGCAAAAGACAUAUCUCAUGGAAAUAACUAUGAUAAUUUUCAUCAAAUUUACUUCAGCCGAAUUAAAAGAUCAUAUAAUACUUUGGGAUGCAAGUAAUUGGAGGUUCAAAGAAAAUCAAAAUGAUAUUUAUGCUACUGAGGGUGACAAUCUAAUAUUCAUCUGUCCAAAAAAUCGAACAUUUUCUCAAAAUCUCUAUUGGACAGAUGAUCCACGUGUACAAUUAAAAUGUAAUAAAACAUUACCUAUUAAAGUUAUUAAACUUUUGGAUUGUUUUGGAAACAAGUCAGUUACAGAAUUCGUUCUUAAAGUUAGCCGUUUCCCAGAAAUCGUAUCACUACCAAGUUUUCAUUCAGAAAUUCCUGUUUAUUUCGUAGCUCAGUCUGUGAUAUGUCAACAGAAUAAUUUUCGUUUAAGCGUUAAACUAGUGUCUGGUAAUAAAGAAGAUAUUACCAAUCACAUUGUUACUACUGAAGAAAUGAAGACAAAGAAACAUUCCAGGAAAUUUGAUUUAUUCUCAAAUACAACAAUUUCUUCUCCAUUAAAAACAACACCAAUUCAAUAUUCUUUAAAUGAUUCAACAAAUUUAUUCUGGAAUCAAGAAUAUAAUACAAAACAAAAAUUCAAUUGGAUUGAAUAUAAAAUUUUACUUUUACCAGCUACAUUAGCAUUUUUUACAUUAAUUAGUAUACAAAUUAUUUUAUGUGGAUUAUGGUUUUCGAAUUCAUUAAUUCAAAAAUUAUUAAAAUGCAUUAAAAAGCAAAAGUAUAAACCUUAUAAUAUAAAAUUACAAACAAAUGACAAUUAUAAAAAUCAUCAAAUAAAUAAAGAUUUACAUAGAUCUUAUUCAAUUCAAUUAAAUGAUCAAUCAUAUAAAUUACCAAUUACUAAAUAUGAAAUAAAAUCAAAUAACAAUUUAUGUUGUCAAUCAAAUACUUCAUUAUUCAAAAAUAAAUAUAAUUUGAAAACUAUAGAAAAACAACAAAAUUCUAUCAAUUCUAAUUGGUUAAUACAUUUUAAUUCAUUUAAUAAUGAUGUAUCAUUCUAUACAUUAAAUAAUCAACAAACUGAAUCAAAUGUAUUCAAAUUAAAUAAAUCAGAAAAAUUAUUAUUUAAUUAUCAAAGGAAUUUAAUUCAACAAACUAUUCCAGAUACAUCAACUAUUCUAUGUAAUUGUAUCAAUCAAUCAAAUAAUAUGAAAUUUAGACCAAAUCAAGAGUUAUUAAUACCUGUAUCCAUUUAUUUAAAUAAAAAUAUCAUGAAAGAUUGAAAUUCUUUAUUUUUUUUUUAUUUAAAAAAAAGAAGAAACAAACAACUUCUUUUUGAAGAAUUUCUGAGUGUAUUCAGUAGAGAACGAUCAUUUCACUUCUUUUACAUAUUUAUCCAUUAUUGAUAUUUUAUAACAAAAUUAUCCAUUUAUAUGAUACUCUAUUUAUUAAAACCGAGAAAAUAAAAUGAAGAUUGAAAUAGUGAUUUCAGUUUUUUUCUCUUAAAUAUUAAAAAAAAAAAGAACAUUUGAUACUUUUGAAAACAAUUUUCUUUCUUAUUGUAUAUACUACUUAUUUCAGUAGAAUCAAAAUGAUCUAACAAAUAGAAUACAAUUCAUUUAAUUCAAUAUAUUCCUGUAAGAAUAAAAAAAAGAAUAAACAAAUGAAUUUAUUGAUUACCAAUGCUUAUUGAUAUGAUAAUUUAAUAGUUGACAUGAAUGAUUAUUAUGUAAAUCAUUAAAUUAAAAUAAAAUCAAUGAAACAAAUCAUAUUUCAUAUUUAUUAUUAAUUUCAAUUAUGAUUUGAAUGUUUCUUUUUACUUGUUUGUUUGUUGUUUUUUUUCUUUUAUUUAUAAUAAGUAGUUGCUAGAUUGUAACACAACAAAAAAAUUUGAACUUCUUUACAAAUGAAUUAUUUCUGAUUAAAUGUCAUAUAUUUAAUCUGUAUAGUAUAAAAGUUCAUGUUAAGUUUAAGCGAAGAAAAAAAAAGUGUUUCCUUUCAUGACAAUGUAAAUGAUGUACAAAAAGAAAGAAAGAGAGAAAACUAUACAGCUCCAUAAAGAUAUAAAAUAAAAGCAAAUAUAAUAAUGCAAUAAU